AUGCUUCAGGAUGAGAAAUCAAAGAAAUUCGACACCAAGAAGCUCGAACUCACCGUCAAGGAGGAUGACAAGAAGCCGAGGGACGUGGGCAAGCUGACGGUCGAGCUGGGCGACUACGCGAGCGCGGGAAAGCACGGCCCCUUCACGCUGGCACUCGAUGGUGACAAGAAGGCGUCGAAGAAGUCCUCCAAGGACUCCUCGCGUGGUUCGCCUUCCGUCAAGUUUGAUGUCGAGUCGGAGUGGACGCACUUCAACAAGAAGAAGAUCACGGAUAAGAAGAAGGAGGGCAAGGAGGGAGUCGAGAUUGACGGCGUGGAGUACGGUCUCGAGACCGACAACUCGGACAUGUCCGAAGACGAUGCCACCACUCUCGGCGACAUGUCUGAGUCUGAGUCCGAAAUCGAGUCGGAGGAAGAAGAGGACAGCGACGCCGACGAAGGCAUGAAGGAGAUGUCGGCGCCCGUCAAACGUAAUGACGAUCUCAAGCGUCUGGAGGCCGAGGCGGCCGACCUGCGCUCGCAGCUCAAGCAAAAGGCCGAAGACAACGAACGCCUAACCCAACUCCUCUCCGCUGAACAACAGAAGAGCAGCGCUGGAGCAUCGGGCGUCGCCUCGUCUGGUGCUACUGCUGAGCUGGAGGAAGAGCUUGAGUCGACACAAAAGAAGCUGAAGAAGGCCAAGAAGGAGAUCGAGGAGAAGGAGAAGCGCAUCGACGAGCUCCAGCUGCUCGUUGUCAAGGCGGGCAGCAGCACCUCGGGCGCCUCCGCCGGCGAGUCCGUGGAGGCGCUCAAGAAGCAGGUGGACAAGCAGAAGACCGACAUCAAGGCCCUCAACAAAGAGAACCGCGACUCAAAGGACAAGAUCGAGACCCUGCAGCAGGAGCUCGACCGCGCCAAGAGCGGCGGCGGCGGCGGCGGCGCUGGAAGCGACGCCAAGGAGCUGGAGAACCUGCGGAAGAAGCUCAAGUCCUUCGAGAAGGAGAAGGAGGAGGACGAGCUGAUCGAACGCGAGAUCUACUGCAUGACCACCAAGUACCGGUCGAUCACAGCCGCGACUGUUCGUCUUUGGCGGCACCGAUGGCGAUUUCCAGUACCUGGGCGACGUCCAUGUACUCGACUUUGGGCGCCGGCCUCGCGUGGGCGGAGUGCCAUCGCUGUUCAAGCUGGCCCUGCAGUACGUGAGCGACCACCCCGAAGAAGUGUGGCCACCCACCAUGCGACGCGGCGCAACUCCUUCACCGCCUCCGGUGGACCUGGCCGACGCAUGUCUGGAGAGCGUAGCUCGCGAGUUGCUCUUCUACGCGUCCAACGGUGGCGCCCUCAUUUCCCUAUAAUGAUACACGUGCUGUGUAAGGUAACAGUACUGCCUCCCAAUCUCAGCUUCUUACUCACACAAGGCUGCCCGACCUUCAAGAAAGCUCGCCUGUUCUUGUAA